GCUUUCUUAUUAUUACAUGACUGAUACUCUUAAAGACAUUCCUGAGUUCUUUGAGAACGAACUUGGCGAGUCAAUCACGGCACGUACAGACGCCCUGGGCACUUUUCGUGAAUUAGGUCCACCCGAUUUAUGUCAUAUUAUAAAAACACACGCCAAAGUUGGCAUGAAAGAGCUUGGUAGUUAUCACUACGUUUCUGGUGUCGAUGCUUCGUCAUCUGCUACACUAGCAGCCUACUUGAACUCAUUGACUUAUUUAUUGGAUGAUACACAGUCAUGGUUCUCUAAAUCCAAUGCUUGGCGAAUUCGUUCAGGCAUUUAUUGUUGUUUCAACGCGUUUUCUCGUGUGGAUGUUCGUGUUGAAGUCAAGAUUCCAGGUGGUGUUGAGAGUUAUUAUGUGGAUGUGAGAGGCGAAAGACAUGAAGCAACAGCCGCUAUUUGGCAAGAAACCUAUUUAUCAGCCGUACUUCGUGCUAUUCUUUACUCAGAUGACAGUUAUUAUCGAUUGGCUGGCUACCGAAAGAUUGACCCCAUCACCAACUUGGCCGGAGAACAACGAUUUUUGGAAGCAGUGGAACAACUCUUUUGGCGAGGAUGGCAACUCGGUAGUAAUCCAGAGAUUCAGACAGCCACCACAGUCCAUAACCAUCUGACUUCAGGUGUCAUGAAGUAUUUCGGCGAUAGUUUUCGUUAUGGACCUGCUAUUGAACUGUAUGAGAAGCUAAGAAAAAAGGAUCCUGAAGUGGGUGCCUUGUUGGCACAAUCGUUUAUUGGUCAAAAUCAAGAAAUGAAGGCUGUGAAAGUGUUAAAUGAUGACUUGAAGCGUAUGCCUAUGAGUUAUUCUUUAUUGCAUGUUCAGAUUGAUUUCCUUCGUAGCAAGGGUGAAUAUGAAAUGGCCUUGAAACUAGCUAAAUUUGCAGUCAAUACAACACCCUCAGAAUUCUUAACAUGGUCAAAACUAACAGAAGUCUAUAUUGAUAUUGGUGACUAUAAGAAUGCUCUCUUGACAUUGAACUCUUGUCCCAUGUUUACAUACAGUGAGCGUGAUAUGCAUCGCAUGCCUGCACCCAUCAAGACACAUUUGCCUAUCAAAUCUGAUAUUUUGAAUUCUGGUAUCAUGGAAGAAGAUGCAGCUGGAAGAGAGAAUGAAGCGGAUCCUAACUUGGCAAGAUUACCUGCUCCUGCUUUACAUGGCACAUUUGCCAAAGCCUAUUCUCUUUUGACUCGUUUGGCAAGCAAGAUUGGAUGGGAUGAUUUACUGAAAUGUAGAUCACAAGUGUUUGUUAUGGAAGAAGAAUAUCGUAUGCAAAAAGCCAAGGAAGAUGUUCAAAAAUCAAGUACAUCCAUCAACAGAGAAACAGAACCUACAGAAAAGGAAUUGAGUGUCAAAGAGAAAGAAACGGUAAAAGAAGACCCAGUUGAGAGCGCAUCAAGUAAAGAAGAAGAAGAAGUCGACAACAAAGAAGAAGAUGACAAAGAAGAAGAAGGCGACAACAAAGAAGAAAAAGAGGAUGAACAAGUAACAGAUCAGAUGGAUAAUAUUGAUUUAGAUGCUGAUGAAGAUUCUCAGCCAGUUAAAGUACAGCAUACUCCUCUUGAACGCCCUGUACAAGCUGCUGAAGAUAAUUCAAAGGCAGACAAUGCUACUGCUGAUGAAAAAGUACCUUUAAGCACACCACAUCCAAGUGAUGGUGUCAGCUUUUCAUUUAGUAACAAACGCCUUUGUGAACGUUGGUUGGACAAUUUAUUUAUGGUAUUAUAUGAAGAUUUGCGUAUCUACACUUUUUGGAGAACUGAAGCUGCUCAUUAUCGUGCACAACAAUUACCUUAUCGAAAGACAGGUACCGAAUGGGAACUUUUGGGUGAUCUUGCACUUAGAUUGUGGCAUGAAAUGGAAGCAAAAGAAGCAUAUGAACAAUGCUUGAACCAUAAGUUUUCUGCUAAGGCUUGGAUGAAGCUUUUAGAAAUCUAUGUGACUGAACCUAAUGUUCAAAGGGCUUUGUUGGCUGCUGUCAAAUUGACAGUAUACCAUGAACGUUGGUAUCAUGAAAUUGUGUAUCCAAGUGAGAUUGCUCGUAACUUAAAUAUAAUUAUUCGUAGAGAAGGUCUUUCCAAGAUGCAAAAUAUGCUGACUUCUAUGAACUUACCUCGUCCUGUUCAACAGUUGAUGACACGAUACUUUGAUUAUGCUGAGCUCUUUAAAGUAGAAGGCUAUGAAUUCUAAAGAGUAUAAAAAAAAAUUACACAAUAACAUAGAAUAAUAAUUCUUUACACUUUAUUCUCAAAUGCUUGAAAUAAAAAACAUAAUGCAAU